UUUAGAGGAGGAGCGUGUGCGCCCGGAAGCGGGGCUCCCAUUUUUUCAUUCAUGAAAGAAAUGCUGAAGGCUGAAAAUGAAAGAUAGUGAUCCUGAUGAAGUGGAUAAACUGAAGAUGAAGUUUAUGUCCGCAUGGCACAAUGUGAAAUAUGGCUGGGUUCUCAGAAUCAAAACAAAAUUUAGUAGAAAUUCGCCUGUCUUUUUGCUGGGAAAAUGCUAUCAUUUCAAGUCAGAGGGAACGGACGAGACUGCACCAAGCUGCAUGGGUGCAGCUACAAACACUAAACUGGUUUCAAAUAAUGCGCAUCAAUUCCGUAAGGACUUCAUCAGUAGGGUUUGGCUCACAUACCGCCGUGAAUUCCCACAGUUAAAAGGAUCCUCUCUCACAACAGAUUGUGGCUGGGGCUGCACGCUAAGGUCUGGUCAAAUGUUGUUAGCACAAAGUCUUCUGCUCCAUUUUCUUGGUCGAGAUUGGGUCUGGGAAGAUGUGCCACAAAUGGUUCCCAUGGAAUCUGAAUUCUUCAAGUUGAACAUAUCAGAAUCUGAUGAUGAUGAUGAUGAUGAUAAUGCAGGUUUUACCUUUCUGCCACCUUUGGAAAACUCACUUCAGGACAUAAGUCAACAACCGGACUUGUCUAUUGAUGAAAAACUAUCUUUAAAUACAGUCGAUGCAACAAGCGAGGAUGAAAAGCUGCAUCGGACCAUAGUCUCUUGGUUGGGGGACAGUCCAGCAGCAACAUUUGGAAUACAUAGACUGAUAGAGUUGGGUGAAAACUCUGGCAAGCGAGCUGGGGAUUGGUAUGGCCCAUCUGUAGUGGCACACAUUUUAAGGAGAGCAGUGGAAGAUGCAGUGGAGCCCGAGCUACAAGGAAUAACAGUUUAUGUUGCUCAGGACUGUACGGUUUAUAUUGCUGAUGUAAUGGAAAAACAUUUACAAACCCAUGAACAUGGAAUGCCAAAUUCAUCAGAAAGAAAUGCUGUUGUUAUCCUAAUACCAGUGAGACUUGGAGGGGAGAAGGUCAACCCUGAAUACAAAGAGAUUGUAAAGGGGGUCUUGAGUCUUGAGUUCUGUGUUGGAAUUAUUGGUGGAAAGCCAAAGCAAUCUUUCUACUUUGUCGGAUUUCAAGAUGACAGUUUAAUUUACAUGGAUCCUCAUUACUGCCAAUCAGUCGUGGAUGUCAGCUUGGAGGAUUUCCCACUCGAGUCAUAUCACUGUCCAUCUCCGAAAAAAAUGCCAUUUGGCAAAAUGGAUCCCAGCUGCACCAUAGGACUUUAUGCUUCCAGCCAAUAUUAUUUUGAACAAAUAAUUGAUGAAGUCACAAAGGUUUUGAUCUCUCCUUCCAAGGAUAAUUAUCCAAUAUUUACCUUUUCAAAGGGGCAUGCUAAAGAUUAUGAAGUUGAUAAACAUUGCACAAUGAAAACUGAAUCAGCAGUACAGGUCUCUGGAACUCGGAGGAGGAAAGCAGAGAGGUUGAGUAAUGAGGAAUUUGUUUUGUUGUAACAAUUUCACAGUAACUACAAUAGUUUCCUGUCAUUGGUGACAGAAACUAUGGGUGUCUCUGUAUAAUUGAUGGAUAAUCUGUGAUUAGAUAGCUUGAUGUUAUUGAUUUAAAAUUUUGCACAAGUAUAUAUUUUACUGUAUAUAAAAAUUUAAUCUUCAGUGUCAUUUUUGUAAUUUUCUUUAAAUAAAAGUAUGUA